AUGGCGACGACGCCAAAGCCUGCGAAAACGGUCAAGAAGCUGCAGACAGCAGUCGCACACCCCACUGCGUCGUUUGCCAAUGCUCUCGCAGUCCUCCUCACUUCACAGAGCAGACACAAGUUGUGCCUCAGUACCCAGUCACUCGUCGCCAUCGCACGUUCCUGCGCAGCUGCUCGCACAGUGCUCCGCACGUGGCUCGACGCUGUCGUGCGGGACAUCUCGCAGGGCAAAGAGGUACUGCCACUACCUGUCCGCUUCCCUCGGACCGCGACCUUCGCCACGAAACUCGUUGCUGUCGUUGAGCUCUUGCAGACGUUCACUUAUGCGACGGCCGUCCACGUGCCCGUCGCGCGUCAGCUGCAGCAGUACCCACUGCCGUUGCAGCUCUUGGAAAAGCAGCAACAGGACACGCGCUGGCAGCAGCUCCGUCGCGGCCGUCAAGUCGCUGUCUUUCUCGCAACGACCAAAGCAAAGGGGUGGGGCGUGUUCGCGGCCCAACCCAUCGAAGCGAACACGUUCGUUGGCGAGUACACAGGUGAACUCGUGUCGACGCGCGAAGUGCAGCGGCGCUAUCGCGAGCGCUACGACCCACAGGCGCUGAACUACGUGUGGUCGGUGCGCGAGCACGUGGCGCGGCCGAACGAAGAGGGCAACCUGCCGUUCGACACGGUGCGGACGAACGUGGACGCGUCGAGCAGCGGCAACGCGACGCGCUUCGUCAACCACAGCUGCGCGGCCAACAUGGCGCUCGAGGCCGUGCGCGUGGACUCGUUCGUGCCGCGCUUGGCGCUCUUCACGCGCGUGCGCGUCGACGCGGGUCAAGAGCUCACGAUCGACUAUAGCGGCGGCGGCUCGAGCCGUGUGGUGCGGGACGCUACGGAGCAGGUGCAGGGGACUCGACCGUGUCAGUGCGGAGCUCGAGCGUGUCGGGGCUACUUGCCGGGCGGACGGACAUGA